AUGGCAGAUUGGAAGUUACCAGUAAGCUACAACCAAUCCUACCACGGCUUUGCCUAUGGUCUCAUGUACCAAGCAGGGGCUGAGCAAAAUCAUCCCAACUUCUCCGGCUGGGCAGAGGCGGUGUACAACUCUGGGGUCAGCGGCGGCUACCACUUGCAAGCGCAGCAUCAAUCACCACCCAAGAGUCCCGAAUACAACAUUGGAGCUAACAAUUCCCACUACCCAGGUUCUGUCAUGUAUCUCGGCGACCCUCACAGCCAUACUCCGAGUGGGCGCCUUUUCAUUUCCCAUAACCGGCCUCCAUAUGAUCAGCGGCCGAAGGAGACGGAACAGCCAAGUAGCAACACUCCAAGCGAAUCCGAGUCGCACAGAUCACCAGGUAAAUAGCUAGCCAAGUUAGUUAACAUUACAUUGGUUGUUUUGUGCUAGCUGGUUAAGAGCAGGUGUCUUUCCUUGUAAAUAUGGCCUACCGUACUCUAGGUAGUUUGUCUAUGAAGCAGACUGUAUGAAAACUAACUGUAAGUCGCUCUGGAUAAGAGCGUCUGCUAAAUGACUAAAAUGUAAAUGUAUUGUCGACACAGUGGUAGUUAUUGUACUGUACUUGCAUUUGCUGGGUCUCUGGCUAAAGUAACGAUCUCCCUCUCAAACAAGGUCCGUAUGUUUGUAUCAAACGCCAUCUUGCUAACUACAUGUUUGUGCUUGCGAACCGCCAAAAGUGUCCACCGUUGCGCGAGGGUUUACCGGUUGGUCUGACUGCGUGGACAAUGGUGCCACGCUGUGGCGUCAUCGUGAACUGUUCAAAUUCAACCAAGCCAAAAUGCAGACUAUGUACCGACAAGUGUACAACCUUCUCUCCUAAUUUCUCGCUCAGAUUCUUGGAGUUCGGAGAACAGCAACCCUCAAGCCAACCCCGUUUCCACCUGUGUGAAAAAGGAGUUGGACGAGGAGACUGACAGUGUAAGCCCAGAUGGUAGUGAGCAUGUCUCCAGCUCCUACCCAGAGGAGAACACAAGCUUACAAAUUAUGGGGAGUGAGGACAACGCCGUGCAGUCAUUGCCCCCUUCUCUCCCAGAGAAAGCUGGCAAAAAUAACCCCAGACAAAAAGCUCGGACUGCUUUCUCAACAGGCCAAAUGGAUGCCCUGACCCAUCGGUUUAACAUGCAGAGGUAUCUCUCCCCUGCUGAGAUGAAGGCCCUGGCUGAGCUGACGGGGCUAACUUACAAACAGGUGCGUUUCUUGAUUAGCCUACUGUUAUGAGCAAAACCCACUCUUCACCAAUGUGUCAAAUCAUACAUUUAGCUGGUAUUUGCUUCAGAUGUUGGACUAAUUUAUAUGCAUGUGUUUUCCCCUCUUGUAGGUAAAAACAUGGUUCCAGAAUCGCAGGAUGAAACUGAAGAGGCACCAGAAAGACAACAGUUGGGAAUCGGCUGGCUACCUCAACAUGCCACCACGCCCUCAGGUGAGCACAAUUAUAAUGCUGUGUAAACCUGCAAAAUAGACGUGUUCCUUUCCUAGUUGAAAUGUUUGGUUAUGUUGUACAAUACUAAAUUUGCAUUUAUAAUAAAUUUAUAUAUUUAACUCAAACUACAGUCUAUUAUUGCUCCACCAGUUGUCUAGCUUGUGCAUGCUGUUGGUCGGUAACAGAGGCAAUAGGCUUGGACAUAGUGACGAGACCUGUCCCCAUUCUGGACAAUGUCUUAACGGCAGGAUGCAACAUCGUUACACACAUCAGCGCUUUAGCUUCACGCUGACCUUUGGUGAUAUUAACCACCAUCUCUCUUUUCUAGUUUCAGGGAGAACCCCAAACGCAGCGCCAGGACCAAGAGUUCCGAGAGGCCAUGUUCAAGAAGAGCCCUCAGCAGAACCUGCCUUACUACACUGGUGGAUACCCUCAGCCAUCCUCCUUUCCCCCCCAGCCCCCGGGAAACUGGCCCCCAGCUGUGACCCACUAA